GUAGACCACUUAGUGACAACAUUAGUUGAGAAGAGAAGAGAGAACAUCGGUGGAAUACAAGAAGAUUCAAAUUUAAAAUUGGGCUUUAUAAAAGGAGCGGUAAACUGUGGUGAAUGUUUUGGCACGUAGAUGAAUAUCUGACUAGAGUGAUGUGGAGGCAAAGACUGGGGAAAGACAGAAGAGAGGUGAACUGAACCUGAGAUGUGGUAUAAUCUACUGUUGACUCAAUCUGUGGACUUUAACAAAAACUUACGGCACAGACAGAUUUCUUCAUCAUGGCCAAUCAGCCUCUACCACUGUCUCAGGAGACAUUAGCUCAGUUCAAUCGCUCCAUGUCCAGAGAAGCAGGUCUCUCAGGGCCUCCAAGGCGACGUUUGGGCUCCAUCUCCACUCGCCGAAGCUCCAAAGACCAAUCCAAGGACCAACCCCACCACAGACCUCUGUUUCUCAGGAGCAUGACGGUUCCUUCGUCCGACUCAUCGUUCCUGAGCCCCAACGUCAGCAAUUCUCACAUCUCCAUGGGCAAACGGUUCUCAUUCGCAGGCUGGCACCAGGGAGGAAGAGUGAGCUUCUCCGGACUCUAUCUUCAACAACCCAUCCAGGAGGUGUAUGUGGAGAACACCUACAGAAUGGGACCAGAACCAGGGUGCCACUUCAGUGCCAGCAGGACCCAGCAGAUCUUACAGGUCACUCUGGAUAGUUAUUUGGACGGUGUGUGUUACAGUCCGGAUAGUUGUAGCCAGCUGUGUCAGAUGUUAGCGGAUCUAGUUCUCAGUAAGCUAAAAGAUGUAAAUCCGCCACGAUAUAAACUCGUGUGCCAGGUGGUGGUCGGGCAGAGUGAUAAACAAGGUAUAAAGGUGGCCAGCCGUAGCCUGAUGAACCCCAACACUGACAACUACACAUCUGCUGUUUACCAUAAUCACUCACUGUUUGCUGUGGCUUUAGUACACGGCAUGUACUUUGAAUGAAGGCUAAAUCAACAGAGCUAAAUAUCAGUUUACUAAAUGCAUACUUUAAGUCUCUUUAAAAAUAUCUUUACAUUUUUAAAGAAAGGUCGCAUAAUUUAAAAUAACAUUUUUCUAUUUUAAAAAGCAAAGUUGAUUUUCUAGUAAACAUAAAUUUAGAACGUAUAUACAAAUUAUUUUAUAUCCAUUCUUGUAUAUUAUGUAUUUUGAUUUUAUGCUAAGACGCAAGCAAUAACAUUUUAUGUUCUGUCUUUUCUUAUGUUAUGUAAAAACAGCUACACACACACAGUUUGUUUGCAAAAAAACAUUUUAAUUUUUUCAGAAGUUGUUCUUUAAUAUACGCAAUUGUUUAAUUUCUUGUAUUUUUAUUUUGCACCUAACCCAGUUGCAGUUUAAUUGAGAUUAAUUAGAAUGUGCAAUUACAUUUUUUUUUUCUUCAAAACGGUUAAAAAAAAAAAAAAAAAAAAAAAAAAAAAAAAAAGGAGUUAUAAAUUUUUGCAAAUUUAUAUUACACAGAGACACAAUGUUACAGGGAUGUAAUUCUUUUCCCUCAAUGUGCCAAUGUUUUCCUCAAUGUGUCAUUAAAAAUUGCCAGGAAAAGAAGCCAUAAAAAUAAUAAUAAUAAUAAUAAUUUUAAAUUAUAAAUACUACUAAUUAUAAAUGCUACUAAUAAUAAUAAUAAACCGAACUGUUACUUAAAAUUGUAAUUAAAAAUGUUUGUCUUUAAAAUCUUAAAAAAAAAAAAAAAAAGAAAAUGUAUAUUUUCAAUAAACUUUAUUCCCCCCCACUCUCCCAAUACAUAAAAAGUGAUCAUACUGAACAUUUCCCAGUGUUGACACCGUACAAUUAUGUUACAUCAAUAAAUAAAAAACUAUAAAUAAAAAAAUAAA